UUCCUUUCCACGCGUGUGUGGGUAUGUGAAGCAGGUCAAGGAUUGCUUAUUCGACUAAAACUCCAAAUAUCUUACACGUUUUAAGAAGGGGGUUCCCACAAACAUAAGCAAUGGCUGAUAUUGUGCAACAGCGAAUAGAGGACAAAAUUCCCGCACUUGAACAGCUGGAGAGAGUCGGUCUGUUCACCAAUAAAGAAGUCAAGUCCAUGCUGAAAAGAUCUACUGCUCUGGAAUACAAGCUGCACCGAGCUGUUCAAAGUAAAGUCGACUUUAUUGCCUACAUACAGUAUGAAAUAAAUGUCCUUGAGCUCAUCAAGAAGAGGAGAUCAAGAAUUGGCUACCAUUUUAAAAGGGAGGAAAUCGAGUUUCCCAUCAUUCAUUGCAUAAACAAUGUUUUCAGAAGGGCUUCAUCAAAAUGGCAGGAGGAUGUACAGCUCUGGCUUUCUCAGGUUGCCUUUAAUAAAAAAUGGGGCACAAAGACUCAGCUUAGUAAAGUUUUGUCAUCAAUGUUAGCUAUGCAUCCUGACAAGCCAGCUCUUUGGAUCAUGGCUGCUAAGUGUGAGAUGGAAGACAGAAACUCUUCAGAGAGCGCCCGUCAUCUCUUUCUCCGUGCCUUGCGCUUUCAUCCUGAAAAUAAGAAAGUCUAUCAGGAGUAUUUCCGGAUGGAGCUUAUGCAUGCUGAAAAACUGAGGAAACAGCAACAGGAGUUGGAACAAGCUAAAAUAGAUGUGAGGGAAUAUGAGUUUUCUCCAGAGAUCUUGAGUGGGAAACUGGCCGAGGUGGUGUAUAGAGAUGCUACACAAAAAAUUAAAGGGGCUGAAUUUGCCUUGUCCCUGCUACAGAUCGCUGCUAUCUUUGACUUCACAAAGGAGCUACAGGACACCAUCCUGCAAGAGCUGCAGAGUCAGUAUCAUGAUGACUGUCUGAUGUGGGAUUUCAUGGCGAAGCGUGAGCUGGAUUAUUCAGUGGCCCCAGAGCUUCAGUCAUUGAGAGGAAGAGCUUUGGAUACAGACCGCAGAGAAGAGCGCUGCUGUGUUGUUUAUGAGGAGGCUAUCAAGAGCCUUAAUACAGAGGCCAUGUGGACAUGCUAUGUCACAUUCUGCCUGGAGAGAUUUAAGAGGAAGACAAAUGUUACUGAACUUAAGGGAAAGAGAAUUGAGCGGUUACUCAGAGUCUCACAGAGUGCUCAUGAUGCUGAGCUUCUACAAGAGACAUUCUACAAGAGCUGGUUACAGGUCCUGCUGUUGUCAGGGGAUACAGCAUCUGCUACGCAGAUCGCAAUCACAGCCACUCAGCGCUUCAGCCAGUCAGUGGAGAUGUGGAGCCUCAGCCUGCAGACAUUGUCCCAUCUUAAAAGCGCAGAGGCAGGACAUCUUUUCCAGGAAGCUCUGAAACAUGUGAAUCCCAAGGAAACUCUGCCAAUAUGGCAGCUGCAGGCAGAUUGGAGCAUGACUUCACAGACACCUGAGGAAACGGAGGGCUUAUUUCAGAAAGGUAUUUUUUCCCCAGUACCUGCAGUGUCAUCUGCCAUGAAGGAAAAAUACCUUGAAUGGUCAUAUAAAACUGGUGGAUACAAAAGGGCCAGAAAGACAUUUACAAGUUUACAUGAACACAGACCAUUCACCAAGUUAUUCUUCAUGAAGAUGAUUCAGUUUGAGAAAGAGCAGGAGACCCCAAAGAUGAGUAAUUUAAGAGAUUAUUACGAGCGAGCACUACGUGAUUUCGGCUCCUCCGAUGAAGACCUCUGGAUGGACUACAUCAAGGAAGAGUUGGGCAGGCACGGAAGUCCAGAGAACUGUGGGAAGCUCCACUGGAGGGCUGUUAAGACUCUGGAGGGCGAAAGUGUUGAGCGUUUCACAACCCAGUACACAUUGCUGCAGACCGGGCACAUCUAGAACAAACGUGAACCUUUAACAUUGCUCUGGUUUGUUCUUAUGUAUAGCACAAAGUGGCUGAGGGCUUUAGGGAUUUCUCUUCGAAAAGCCAAAUACCAAUAUUGAGACCAUGAAGGCACUUCAUGAUUUGCCUUUUGAAAUGUCGGUGUACACACAUUUGUUCUUUCCUGUUUUUCCAGAAAAUACAUUUUAUUAUGACAUUGUCUAAUGUUAAAUAAAUGGUUACAUUGUACCACUUUAAAACAAAAUACAACAAAAAAUAAAAACACAUCAUGUGAAAUGCUG